UUGGGUUUUAUUUGCUGUUUGUAACUCGGGAGUGGGUUAGACAUUUAUAUACGUAUUAAGCGGCUUUACUUUUAAUUUUAUUUCGAAUUAUAAGGAAUAUGUUAUUUUAAUUAUACGAAAGACGAAUUUUCUUACAUAAACAAAUGGCGUAUUCUGAAAGAGAACCUUUCAAAGGCCUGUUAUCAUCUACAUCUACAUUGCGUUUUGGUUCGGAAGAAGAUACCUGUUUGUGUUGCCGGCUCUGUGAAUUAAGUGGCCUAACAGUCAGUGCGAACGGAUACUGCCAGAACUGUCAGGAAAAUUUAUGUGACAACUGUAUAGCCAGUCACCACAGGAAUCAUAUUGUCAACAGAAAUUCCGUCUCUUUGUCAGCCGCUGAGGCAAGUGAUAAACUACAAAACUGUUCUACACAUCAAAACGAGGAGGUUAAUCUAUACUGUCGCGUUCAUGAAAAGUUUGGGUGCGCGACUUGUAUAAAGUCAUCACAUGAACUGUGUGAAAUUGAUUUCUUCCCUGAAGUCUCGGAGAAAUCCGUGAAACAAGAUGACAUUUUAAGCUUUCAGAAAAGUGUGAAAGACUUAAAAGAAAGAUGUGCAGAUGCUUUAUGUGAGAUAGAAGAAAAUGUUAUUGAUAUUGAAGAAGCGUAUGCAAAUGCUGUUUCUGCAGUUGAGAAAACGAGAAAAGAAAUAACAGAGGAACUUGAUAGAUUUGAGAGGGAAUUAAAAGAAGAAGUAACAGCAUAUAAAAAACAAAACCUUGACGCAAUGGAAUCAUUAAGGAAAGCAUAUGAUGAAGUUGUUAAGGACAUAGCUGAUACAGAAAAAGCAACAUAUACAAAUAGUUUGAGUAGAAAUAAUCCCUACAACUUACUCUUCUGGAAAGCAGUUGCAAAAGUGUUACAAUAUCAGUCAAAAACGUAUGAACUAUCCACUAGACUAUGUGUAAAAGAAGAAUGCGAAUUUCAAAAGAACACGGGUCUAAAAGCAGUGCUUACAAAGGAAAAUUUGUUUGGCGUGAUCAAAAUCAAAGCCACGGAAGUUGGUCCCUGUAACACGACAGAGGAAUUGACAAAAGAUUCGGUGUGCCAUAUCAAUAUCAAAGGCAAAGGCGACAGAAAGACAUGUUAUGCAACAGGACUCGCUUUCUUGUCACCUGAUCGGUUGGCUGUUGCUGACAAAGCAAACAAAAAUGUGAAAAUAGUAAAUGUAAGCAACGAUAAAAUAAUUUCUGAAAUCGGUUUAUCCUCAAGACCACGCGAUGUUACGGUCAUCCCACCCAAACAGCUCGCCGUAACACUUAGAGACGAAGAAAGGAUACAGUUGUUAUCAACAGCUAAAGAACUGACAAAAACUGGACAAAUAAGAACAGCCGGAAAGUGUCGUGGUAUUAAGUAUGAUGACGGGAAGUUGGUAGUGGCAUAUGACGUUCAAAUUCGGCCGAAAAUUGAAAUAUUAAGCCUUAACGGAGACGUUCUAUGCAGGUUUCAGUCCAAUGAAUCAGGAACAAUGUUAGUUACUGAACCAAAAUGCAUAGAUUUGAGUCCAGACCAUAAUCAUAUUUACAUCACCGAUUUAUCCAAGAGGUGUGUUUUGCGUCUUUCCAGAUUGGGAAUGGUCACAGGCACAUUCGGGCGGCAUAGAUUUAUUGGUGUCGCUGUUAGCACAGGUGGCUCUGUGUAUGCCUGUUCAAAAGCUGAAAGUACGGUUUAUCAACUGUCUGAUGACAUGUCAAAAGAUGUAACGGUGUUGACUACGGAUGAUGGCAUUAAAGAACCAAUAGCUUUGGUGUUUUCAAAAACAAGGAACAUGUUGUACGUAAGUUGUGGAAGCACAGAUGCUUAUGUCUCAAACAAGCUUCAUGUGUUUAAAAUCAAAUAUGUAAACACUGAUGAUGUUUGAAUAUACAAGUACAUGUAUGUGCAAGUCUCAAGCAAUGUGUUUCAUACUUUUUGUUCAAAUUCAAGCGCUGGUGACGUCUUUAAUAUGUGCGAAAGACUAAAAGGGAGUCCUUGAUUUUCUAAAAUAAAUUUGGAAAUACAUGUAUAAACAUUUUUGAAAGUUGAAGUGUGUAACUAUAAAAGAAACUUCAUGAUAGCAGCGAUGACUUCAAACAGUUUGAAAGUGUCUAACUGAAUCUUUGUAUUUGAAGAUAUUAUUAUCAAUGGUAUAAAAGAAUGUUUUUCAAAGACUCAAACAAAUUCCAUGCAUUUAAGAUAAGCUGAACGUAAUUUUAAAGCCAGUUCUCUCUUCGAAUGUUAUGAAGAAAUAAUUACUUCUUUUAAUUGUUUACAUAACUUUCAGAAUAAAUAUAUGUAGAUAUGCACGCAUGCACUGUAAUCGGAUUAUUAAUACAACGAAUAUUUUAGACGAAAAAAAUAAAGUGAAAGAGUACGAUUACAUUUAUGAUUUAUAACACUGGGUUCAAAAAAUAAUGUAUGCUACUGUUGACGAAGUGUUUUUGGUAGUUUUUGGUGGUCCAAAGGGUUGUCAGAAAAAGAAUACAAAAACCCGUUUUUAGUAUAAGGAAAUACUAGUGCAAGUUUUUUGUGUAUUAACCUGGGUAGAAGUCCACGGGAUCUAUUAUUUAAAUCCCACAAUAUUCCAAGGACUUCUGCAGACGUUAAUACACAAAACAUACGUGUAUUGUCGCUAUUCGUGCAUAAAAAGUACAGACAAUAUAAGACAAAACGUUUCGUUUUAAUAGGUGGUGACUCGACGAUUCCAGUACGAUGUUUAUUUACCCUUUUUGUAAAUGAAUACUGACACAAAUUUAGUCGUCAUGUUGUGUUUGUUAUUUUAAUGUCAUUUUUAGAAUGAUUUUUAACAGCCUAUUUAUCUCACAUGUGUUUUUCAAUUUCUAUUGCAUUAAAGUGACUUUUGUAUAGUUAUUUUUUUGUAUACUAGUAUUUGAAGGUAUAUUAGACCGAACAUGAACAAAUACUUUAUGUAGUUUAUGUACAUGAAAUUAAUUUAUAUAUCUGUUAUCUGUCAUAUGCAUUACUUAAAAAUAUUACACACUGUAUAUACAUGUAUACGAGUUCUGAAUCUGAAAGGCUUUUAUGCAUUUUAUUGUUUUUCAAUAUAAACAAAAUGUCAUUCUGAAGAGCAU